UUAUGGACCCAACUCUCUAAAAUUCCCGUUAUCUAUUUCUGUGAAUAAUGAGGAUUAACUGGUAGAACACUGGAAGAAUCGUAAAACGCUUUGGCUGGAUCUUCUCGUUGCGGAGCCUAUACGAAGGGAUCAACAACUCCAGACACCAGAAAAAAGUAACAAAUACUCUCACUUUUUUCCUUUUUCAUUUCGACGGGACUAACGCUAAAUUGCCGGAUUUUAUUGUUGGAACUGAAGUUUUAAGGUGAUGGCGAGGAUCAAACCACAAGCUCUGCUACAACAGAGCAAAAGGAAGAAAGGGCCAGCUCGAAUAAGUCUUACAACAAUUAUUAUGUUGACUUUGAUUGUCGUUUUGAUUCUGUUUUUUGUGUAUGCCACCUACAGACACUGGACUCAAAGGUCAAGAAUUCAUAUUGAAAACAGGGAAUCAGUUAUUGAGGGUGACAACUCUUUCAUGGAUUCAAAGAAGUCUGAUCUUCCAGGAUAUGCUAUUUUAGAUACUGCGAAAGGCUAUAUAACAGUGGAGCUCUUCAAGGACAGUUCUCCUGAAGUUGUUGAUCAAUUCCUUGAUUUAUGUCAGAGAGGACACUUCAAUGGAAUGCUUUUUCGCCAUGUGAUAAAGCACUAUGUGAUUCAGGCUGGUGAUAGUGAUAAGCUGGGAGCUGUAGAGGACUGGACUUUGAAAGGAAAGCAAUACAGCCAACUUGAUACAAGUUUGAAGCAUGAAGCAUUCAUGCUUGGAACUUCUAAGGUAAAGCAUGAUAAGAAAGAAUUUGAGCUUUUCAUCACAACUGCACCAAUCCCAGAUCUAAAUGAGAAGCUUAUUGUCUUUGGGAAGGUCAUUAAGGGAGAAGACAUUGUUCAGGAAAUUGAAGAGGUGGACACAGAUGAGCAUUAUCGACCUAAAUCUUCUAUAGGGAUCCGCAGUGUGAAUCUGAAACAAAGCAUCUAAAAUCAAAACAUAAGCAAAUAAGUAUUCUACAUGUAUGUUCUGUUAUUCCAAACAAAGUUUCAGCACCAUCAUAAGAAUCAAUGGUGCAUCCUUUUUUGAACUUCAUACUUCAUGGGGGAUGGUAGUGGUAUUUACUCAAAGUCAAGGUCUAUAGGUCAGUGUCCUUGGUAUUGUUCUGGCUCUUUUUUGGGUUGUCCUUUUUUGUUUUACUAACCUUCUAGCAUUUUCUUUUUUUUUUUUUUUCUGGCGGGGGUGGGGUUUGCAAGUCUGUUUCGAUAUGGACACUGUAUUUGUAGUUUAAUAAAAUUGGAUGAGAUGUAAUUUACAAGUCCAACUCCAAAUAGAUAAAUUGAGAAAGGUGUCUGUAAUUUCGGAGAGUGAUAUCAUUAGUGUUCCUUUUAGACUC